ACACUCCGCCUUGGCUAUCGCCCCUUUUUCAUCGUGUCAUCAGCAUCAUUUGGGCUGAGAUCUUCAAAACUAACGAUCUCAACUUCUCAGCCAGACCCCAAACUAGUACUUUUGAAAAUGUGCUUGGAAACUCAAGCUUCGUUACAGCUCCUUAUGGAGAUUACUGGAGAUUUAUGAAGAAACUUUGCCUUACAGAAUUGCUUGGAGCCCGACAGCUCGAAAGAUCUUAUGGUGUUCGACGCGAAGAACUCAUGCGUUUUUUGCAUGAUCUAAUACAGAAAGCUUAUAAAAAGGAGAAAUUUGAUUUGGGUCAUGAGCUAUUGAGGCUAACAAACAAUACCAUAUGCAGAAUGUUAAUGAGCACAAGGUGUUCAAAGGAAGACGAUGAGGCUCGAAGAUGUAGAGAGCUAGUGGUACGAUCAGUUAAUCUAGUAGGAAAAUUAACUAUAGCUACCAUGUUGGGUCCUUUUAAAAAAUUAGGUUUUUGGUUAUUUAGAAAACAAGUAAAGGAUAUAACUGGAGGAUAUGAUGAGUUGCUGGAGAAAAUCUUGAAGGAGCAUGAGAGAGCUAUGGUGGAUGGUUUUGACAGAGAGGAUAAAGAUUUGAUGGAUAGUCUCUUACAAGUAUAUAAAGAUAAAGAUGCAGAAUUUAAGAUAAGCAGGAAUCACAUGAAGAUCUUCUUUCACGAACUCUUCAUUGCAGGGACUGACACUUCAGCACACACCAUGGCUUGGGCAAUGGCGGAGCUCAUGAACCAUCCUAAUGUAUUCAGGAAACUAAGAGAGGAAAUAGAAUCAGUUGUUGGAAAAAAGAGACUAGUGGAAGAGUCAGAUAUCCAAAAUCUUCAUUAUUUACAAGCAGUAGUAAAGGAAACUUUGAGGUUAUACCCAGUAGGACCUGCAAUAAUCAGACAAGGAUUUGAAGAUUGUAAAAUUGGAGGAUUUGACAUACCCAAAAACACUACAUUAGUAAUCAAUGUAUAUUCCAUAAUGAGGGAUCCGAAACUGUGGGAAAAUCCUAAUGACUUCUACCCAGAAAGAUUCUUGCAAGAAAAAGAAACUAAAAAGCAAAAUAAUUUCAGUUUUGUUCCAUUUGGAGGGGGAAGAAGAACGUGCCCUGGUUCAAAUUUAGCUUUAAGUAUGGUUAGCAUUAGCAUAGCAUCCAUGGUUCAAUGCUUUGAUUGGAAGGUUGAUGCUGGGAAGGUUAAUUGGGAAGCUAAACCAGGCUUCAUCAUGUACUUGGCUCAUCCACUUUUGUGUGUUCCUACUGUUCACUUCAAUCCAUUGUAG